UUCAGUUCGUCUCUCUCUCUCUCGGUGUGUUUACGUUGUGUAUGUGUGCGCUGCCACUCGCUGCUGCUCCGCUAGUCCGCUAUCUUAUUCCUUUUUUCUCUCUCGGGGCGUCGACGUUACUGGCCUCUGGUGGGUCAAGUGAACUGUAUGUUGUGGCGCGGGUGCAGCCCGCUAUAUAUAUACCUAUACUGCGGAAUUCGCCGCAGCCGUGUUUUGUUGAUGGCCGACGACACGUCGACUGUAUAGCCGCAACUACAGUGUAUUAAGUAUAUAGGCAGUGCGUGCGGAGAGUGGCGUUUUAAUAUAUUCGUCACGCACGUGCCGCGAGAAAGCGCGCGGAGAAUGGAGUCACGGCUGCAUUCCUCAAAUUCGCGAUCUUAUAUCUGAUCUGCAGACGGAAACGAGCUGCUGCUGAUCAAUCGUUGCGCAUUUCAUGGCUCUCGGGAUGUCUUGAGAACGCGCGCGACCAUGUAAAUAUUGUGAGGAUAUCGCUGAGAAAAAGGGUGUUUGUUUUGGAAGAGUUUUUCUGGAAAUUGGAGCACUUAUUCACCUCUAUGCGAAUGAAUGACUCAGUUGGAGAGCAUGAUACCUCCAUGAUGGAGUAAUGUUUAUUUUGGUCAGAAAUGAACGCUGUGGAAAUCUGUGGUGCUACACUGCGAAGAAGUGUGUCAGUAUUAUGAAUGACCAAUGAACUUUUUAGAGUAACUGUAUAGUAACCUGGAAAUAUGACUAACACAAGAGGGCAAAAAUCCUCCGAGCCCUAUCAGGAGCUGGACGAAGUUCAAGGUGCUGAGCUCAAUCAUGCUAUCAACACGGCGGUUCGAAAUAACAUGCCCAGUGACAUUGGCCUUGAUAGGUCAAUGGAGCUCACCUCCGUGGCUGUUGUUCCAGAUGACACAUUCACUGUGGGACAAGCCAUAAAUAUGCUAGGCUUUGGAAGGUUUCAAGUUAAACUAUCUUUAUUUACUGGACUUUGCUGGAUGGCAGACAGCAUGGAAAUGACAAUACUCAGUAUUCUUAGUCCAACAUUACACUGUGAUUGGGGAAUAUCUAGGUAUCAACAAGCACUUACCACAACAGUGGUAUUUCUGGGAAUGAUGCUCAGUUCAACAUUUUGGAGCAACCUGAGUGACCGCUAUGGUAGAAAGCAAGCUCUGACUUUAUGUGGAGUUUUGUUAUUUUACUAUGGAUUUCUAAGUUCUUUUGCACCCAACUUUCUCUGGAUCCUGUUGCUACGUGGACUUGUGGGUUUUGCCAUUGGCUGUGUUCCUCAAUCAGUAACUUUGUAUGCUGAGUUUCUGCCUGCAGAACAACGGGCGAAAUGCGUGAUUCUUUUGGACUGUUUUUGGGCUCUUGGUGCUUGCUUCGAGGUUGCUUUGGCAUUGGUUGUAAUGCCGAAUCUCGGAUGGCGGUGGCUCUUAGCGCUUUCGACGAUACCUCUGUUUUUAUUCUCCGUGAUUACGCCGUGGUUACCAGAGUCGGCUUCGUUUGAUAUGAUGAGAGGACGCACUGACAAAGCGAUGUCAACUUUGGAAAGAAUAGCGCGUGAAAAUGGGAAACCCAUGCCUCUAGGACGUUUGGUUCUUGAUCGGGUUUACCCGACAAGCAAAGGAAAACUCAUUGAUCUUUUAAGCAAAGACAUGUACAAAACGUCAGUUUUACUUUGGCUCGUGUGGAUGGCUAGCGCAUUUUGUUACUAUGGUGUGGUGUUAAUGACGACGGAGCUUUUCGACACGUCCGCCGACCAAUGUGGUGAACAGGCUGAGGAGCGCAUCCAAGAACGUCAAUGCCUCAUAAACUGUCAAUUGAGUCGAAGCGACUACAUGGAUCUGUUAUGGACGACUCUCGCCGAAUUUCCCGGCAUUUUUUCUACGAUCUACGUGAUCGAGAAGGUCGGUCGAAAACGGACCAUGGCCUUCCAACUGGUAAUGUUUGCUUGCGUCAUCCUAUUUCUCGGACAGGCAUGUCGUCUGAGUCGAUUCAUCCUAACCGUUGGGUUGUUUCUCGCGCGAGGCCUCAUUGCUGGAGUCUUCCAGGCGGCUUACGUCUACACGCCUGAGCUUUACCCUACGUACCUGAGGAGCACUGGAGUCAGCGCGUGCAGUGCUAUGGCCAGACUCGGGGCUAUGAUCACUCCAUACAUCGCGCAGAUUUUAUUAAGGUGGUCCGUACCCACGGCUAUGGGUACAUACGCCAUCACGGCUUUAUGCGCAGCCUUUGCUAUUAUCGCACUACCCGCGGAAAUCAGAAAACCUCGAGCGUAAGAGCGUUUUCUGGCGCGAGAAGUGAGAAGAAAUUUAACGACGAUUUCGAUUUUUAUCAGUAACUAAAUUCGUUUCUAAUUGGCUUUAUAUAAUUCGUUAUCUUUUUACUAAAAGCAUGAUCUGAGAUUAACUUAUUUUUAACAGAGGCUGUAUACUGAUAAUCAAAUAACGGUGACGUUUAUACGUAGACCUUUGAAGCCUUAGAAAGUUCAUAGUAUAGGAACUUCGAUAUGCCCAUUUAAUUGCUCUGUCCUAUUACUUAACGUUAAGUUACUUAUUGGCAUUACAAUCGAGUGCAAUUCGUCAAAUCAACGCAUUUAUAUUUAACUAAAACGCAGUGUUCAAAGCGUGUCUUCCUGCACGUUAUCGAGGUUUUUUCAUAAAAGCAUUUUUAUAUAACUGUUAGCAAUUGUAAAAUUGUACAUACAAUGAUUAUUUUUAUAGCUCCAGGUAAGAUUGCUACUUUUUUAAGACACAAACAUUGUUUAUUGACAUACGUAGUUUUACAUAUACAUAACGAAUUAAAAAUAAAUUGUGAAGCAACUUCACAAUAACAGA